AUGGCCGGGCUUGAUGAGAAGAGCACUCUAAAGCGAGCUCGGGGCUCCACCAUCGAAGAUGCCGAAUCCAAGAAGCCUCGGCGCUCCGCCCGUCUCUCAAAUGCUGGGGAGGAUCAGGCACCCGAAGUAGACGUGCCAUCCACUGCGCAAGCCCCCAAGAAUAGCCAACUCCCAUCCCCAGUGACGGCCAAUGGGAGCAAAGACAAGACGGUUUCACCUCCGCCCGUCCAGCACCAGCAUCAGCACCACCGACAAACGACUCCAAAGUCUAGUCCUCCACCUUCCUCAAGAAGAAAUGGAGGUCUUUCCUCCCCACCCGCGGAUACACAACCCUACUCGCAGUUCCUUCUUCCCCCGCCAGUGAGCUAUGAAGUGGAGAAUGAGGAGGAGGAGGGCGUCUGGGGUUACCUCGUACCUACCGAGGGCAAGGAAGACCCGUUGGUGUUGAGGAAACGAGCGGCAUGUCCGGUCUCGUUGGGAGUUGAACAUAAAAAGGCACCGGCAUCGAAGAAGAAGCAAUUCACCAAUCAAGAAGAGCAAUACGAGGCGAAAAAGGCGGUCAAUGGUGUGCCCGCGGGUGGAUAUCUCGUGGGAAGACAUCCGGAAUGUGACCGCAAGAUCCACUCGCCUGUCGUCAGCAAUCGACAUUGUCUGGUCUUUGCCGAGAACAAGAAUGGCAGCUCCAUUGCAAUGCUCGAGGAUUUGAGCAACAACGGAACCUAUGUCAAUGAUGCGCUGGUGGGACGGAACAAGAGGAGGGAGUUGGAGGAUGGCGAUGAGAUAUCAAUCCUGGACGAAGCUCGCUUCAUCUUCCGAUACCCUCGGAUCAGGGAUACUAAUGGUUUCCGACAGCAGUACAGCAUACACGGUCAGCUGGGGAAAGGUCACUUUGCUACCGUUUAUCUGGCGCUGGAGAAGAGUACUGGGAUGAGAUAUGCGGUCAAGAAGUUUGAGAAGCGAAGCGGUCCGGGAGAACGAAGCAAGGUUGAUGGUCUACAACAAGAGAUUGCCGUUUUGAUGGGUGUCAGCCAUCCGAAUAUGCUUUGUUUGAAAGACACUUUUGAUGAAUCCGACGGAGUUUACCUUGUGCUGGAGCUGGCUGCCGAAGGUGAAUUGUUCAACUGGAUUGUCAUGAAGCAGAAGSUCUCAGAGGCCGAGACACGCAAGAUCUUUGUGCAGCUGUUUCAAGGCGUCAAGUACUUGCACGAACGCAACAUUGUACACCGUGACAUCAAACCCGAAAACAUCCUGCUCACCGACAAGGAUCUGAGCAUCAAGCUUGCCGACUUUGGUCUGGCGAAGAUUAUUGGCGAAGAGUCGUUCACGACCACGCUCUGUGGCACACCAUCAUAUGUAGCGCCCGAGAUCCUCGAACAAACGAACCGUAGGAGGUACACGCGAGCUGUGGAUGUGUGGAGUUUAGGUGUCGUCCUCUACAUCUGCCUCUGCGGUUUCCCACCGUUCUCAGACGAGCUCUACUCCGCCGAGAAUCCCUACACACUAAGUCAACAGAUCAAAUUGGGCCGCUUCGACUACCCAUCACCUUAUUGGGACUCAGUGGGAGACUCGGCGCUUGAUUUGAUCGACAAGAUGUUGACUGUCGAUGUUGAAAAACGCAUCUCAGUAGACGAAUGUCUCGAACAUCCUUGGAUCACCCAACAACCCAUCAGUCUCACCGAUAGCACCGAUGGACUGACAGGAGCGAUUGCAAGUCUCGAUUUUUCCCGGCGAAAAGUGCAGCGGGAGAGGACCAUGCUCUGCAGUAUUAAUGAAGUAAAGGUUGAAAGAGUGAUUGAAACGCAGCCGGAUGCUCCUCCUGUGAAGGUCUGGGAUAAGAAUAGUGGACCAAGAUUUCAAACCCAGAGACCUGCUGGCCAGCAGCAAGCUGCGAGGAAUGCAAAGGAGGCCAAGAAGAAGAAGAUGGCGAAGGAGGGCGAAGAGGUCAAGCCUGAUGGAGAGAGGGAUCCAAAGGAAUUUAUCGAAAUGGGUGGAGUGGGGGAUGAAGUGCUUUUUGACGAGAAUCCUUCGGGGAGUAUUUAUCCGGGGGAUAGUACCGUGGUGCCUGCUGAGGAUGAUUAA